AUGAAUAGAAUAAAGCUACCAACUCACAAACACCCUUUAUACCCAACACCUUGGGUUCGCAGUUGCAGUGGUUGCUAUCGAGAAAAUGAUUGCACCAAAGAUGGCUAUCGUUGCUACGAAUGUAAAAUAUUUUUUCACAAAGAAUGUGCAGAGUCAUCUUUAGAGAUCAACCACCCGUCUCAUCCUGAACACCCUCUCCACCUCUCCAUCCCGGAAAAGUUUUAUGAGAGUAAAAACUGUAAGUUGUGCGGAAAAACAUUGGUUAAUAUGUUUUAUCACUGUCCUUUAUGUAAAUUCGUUGUUGAUACGGUAUGUAUCAAAAAUCCACCACCAGAUGUUAUUGAACAUCCCAAAGCCCAUAAACACUCUCUUGUCCACCUGAUAAACUAUUAUCAUGGCACAUGUGACUUUUGUGAAGAGAAAUUUUGUGAUAGAUAUCUUUACAAAUGUUCCCAAUGUCAACUGAAAUUCCACUUUGAAUGUUCUAACCUUCCUCUAGAGAUAACUCAUCCCUUUCACCGUAAACACCCUCUUAAGUUCCUUACACGUGAAGAACAUUAUUUCCUUGAUGGGAAAUGUCGUAUAUGUGGAGACGAAUUAGGACGAAGAUUUUAUAAUUGUUCAAUCUGUAAAUUUAGUGUGGAUGUUGCUUGUGUAAAGAAUCCACCACCACUUACAAUCUUAUUUGCUAAAGCUCAUGACCAUCAAAUCAGUCUUAUUCCAAGGAUUAUCUCUUUCAACUGUGAUGCUUGUGGGUUGGCUGGCGAUCGAAGUCCUUAUUCAUGCCAACAAUGUGAUUUCAUGAUCCAUCAAAGUUGUAUUGACUUACCAGAGAUCAUCAACGUUAACCGUCACGAGCAUCGUCUUUCUAGGCGUCUUCAGCUAAGUCCUGGGAGUUGGAUAUGUGGAAUUUGUCACAAGAAAGUUGAUUGGUCAUGUGGGGCAUAUUCUUGCUCGAUUUGUCCUGAUUAUGCCAUUCAUUCUAGAUGUGCAUUACGAGAUGAUGUCUGGGACAAGUUAGAACUCAAGGGGAUACCAGAAGAACCUCAAGAAAUCAAACCGUACACGGUAGUAAAUGGAAACCUAAUACGUCAUUUUAGUCACGAAGAACAUUAUUUACAACUCAAUGAAGAGAAUAUCAUAUGUGGUGGAAGCAUUCGUUGUGAAGCAUGUGUCCUACCAAUAUAUUCUCAGGCGUUCUACAGUUGCGUACAAUGUGAUUUCAUUCUCCACAAAACAUGCGCUAAUCUUCCUAGGAAGAAACGACACAUGUAUCAUGCUAAGCCAUUGACUUUAGUAGUUGGUGACAUGACGUAUUUUGAUUGUAGUGCAUGUUCUAACCCUUCCAGUGGUUUCAGGUAUAGUAUUACAAAUUUCAAUAUAGAUGUAAAAUGUAGUGCACUUUCUGAAUCUAUCUUCCAUGAGAGUCAUGGAUGUACCUUGUACUACAUUUACGGGAACGGAAAGCAUUGCAUUGCUUGCGGCAAUUGGAGUUAUUCAACAUUUAACUGCGAUGACUGUAAAUUUGUGCUAGAUCUCAAAUGUGUUGUUUUGCCAAAAACGACGAGACAUUGGUAUGACGAACAUAUACUCUCUUUAUGCUAUGAAAAUCCUACAAAAGGAGAACACUGGUGUGAUAUAUGCGAGGAAAGUAUAGAAAAAAAUUGGUUCUACAAUUGUGACAUCUGUUGUGUAGCUUUUCAUACCAAGUGUGUUCUAGGCGAUUUUUCACUUCUCAUGCCUGGACACGUAAUCACAUACUACGGUAAAACGAGAUUUGAAGUGAUUCAAACGCAUCCUGGUUUCUUACCACGGUGCUAUAUUUGUCCCUCUCGACGUGCAGUUCCCUUUGUUUCAAAAGUUCUUUAUCCAAAAAAAAAUGUAUACAUUUGUUCUUCAAUGUGUUUUCUGUCCGCCGACUAUGUAUGCAAAGACCUGUAUUAAUGUAAAAUUGUAAUAAGAAGAAAAGACAUGGUCA